AUGUCAGCUGGUAAUGAACUCAAUAAAUUAUUAUGCAAUAAUCCACUUAUUGUAGUUAAAAAGAUCAUGAGCGAAUCUGAUUCUUUUCAUGUUGCAACUUCUCUUUACCUUAAGCUCCAAAGCGAAAGUCUUCAAGAUGAUGUUAUUUGUUAUGUGAAAGAAGAUCUUAUAUGUUAUAUAAAGGAAAUUAAACAGUAUAGUUUCAAUCAUAGCAUUAUUAUUGGGGAAUGUUAUUGUGGAAUGCUUUUUCUGGACUGCUAUAGUCGUGUAUUUGAUUUGGAUUCUAUGAUGAAUGUAUUAUGGUUUCUUAGAAAUUAUUUUGAAAUAAAGUCAAAGGAAUCUAAGACUGCCCGGGUGGCAUAG